AUGUUGCUUUAUGAUGUUAUUAUCGGGCAUGUUAGGCCUUAUAUAUCUGAUUUACAGCAUGGUUUUCUCAAUGGCAGAUCUGUAGAAACAAAUCUUUGUACGUUUACUCAGUUUGUUUCCGAGUCUUUUGAUGCUAAAUGUACGGUGGAUUGUAUAUACACUGAUUUCUCUAAAGCAUUUGACAGAUUAGACCACUCUAAAUUGAUUGCCAAGUUGGAUAGUUUUGGACACAGGUUGUUACCAUUGGCGGUUUUCAGUCAACUGAGGUACAUGUUACUUCUGGUGUACCGCAAGGGUCCAUUCUUGGACCUCUGUUCUUUAUUUUGUUUAUUAAUGACAUUAGUAUCGGCUUUAGCUCUGAGUGUCUUCUAUAUGCUGACGACCUAA